UUGACAUUACCGCUCUUGCAGCUGUUGAAAACAUACAUAUACACACACAUCUUGUCAAAAGACUCCCGCUUUUUGUUUGGAAUAGUCGCAGGUUCCGAUUUUUGUUAAUAAUCUAAAGAAUUCUGCAAAAAAUAUUCAUUUUUCAAUCAAUCGAUCAAGAAAUGUUGAAAAGAUGAACACACCUACAACAAGGCUUACGCGGCCGCGUCAUGUACCAACGCCGAAAAUGUCGGAGCGCAAAAAGGAUUUAUUCGGAAACAGCAGUAGAUCUUCACUGAUCAAUCUUGUCAUCGAUGAAGACUCCGAUUUGGGUCCGAUGAAUCCGCUUGAAUACAGUUCAAGUCCAAAAAGUUACGACAGACCGACUGAACCCCUUGUAAACAAACGUGUGUGUGGACGUUUGGAUUUCAGUAAUCUAAUGGAACAGCUCUCUCCAGCGAUCAAAAAUUCCUGUCGCAUCAGUCAAUCUGAAAACUCACCGAAACGAAUCACUCGUUCAACGCCGUCUACCAAGUUGAACACCGAAGACAUGAUAGCGGAUGACAUUGUAUUGUCGAAGGAAAACAGCUCAGAAGUUCUGCUGAAGACGCCUGCAUUGGGAAAUAGUGUCACAACGGCUCCACGAAUCUCUUUUCGCAAAGCUCAAAAUACGUCUGACUGCAGCAAUGGCACAGACUCGCCGAAAUCACGGAAAACAUCGCAAAGACGAGGCGCCGAAAAAUCGGAUGCAUCUGACACACCGAAAGCCAAAGCAUCGCUCACAUUCGGAGAAAUUUCGGCACAAUCAUUUUAUGGAACAUCGAAUGUUGAACCUUCAGUUAAACGAACCUCAGUUGAACGUAUGCCGGUUAAAGUGACUAAAGUGCGAGAGAAAAGAGCGGCACCGUCUGCUAAGAGCCGUAGGUCUCAUCAACGUCAAUCUGUUGCAAGGAAACCCAUUCUGGGCAGUAUACGAAAACUUAAUCACAAAUUCAAAACGAAGAAAGUGGUGAAGUCCGACCCCUUGACGAAACGCAGUCAGCUCUUGGAUCGCAUCGAAAAAGUUCUCGAAACAUCGAAUUUGACAUCGUAUUUCAAAGACGUGCAGGUCAACAGUUUCGAUAAAGAACUGAUCAGUGGCCGUGCUCGCAAUAUUCUCAAAGAAUCAGUCCAGUCACCGAACAAAAGCAAUUCUGCGAACCGUUUUCCAGUGGAUGACGAUAGUGAUACUGAGAAACGCUUUCCGUCCGACGACGAAAGCGACAAAGACGAGGAGCCGGAGCAAACAAAACGGAAAUUUUUCAAAUCCAAAUCCAGAGGCACAGAGAACCGAUAUCAGGUGUCCAAAGGAAUUUCGGCGACAGUGAAACGAGGCCAUGGCAUAAAGUUAUUGUCACCGCCGAAGAAAAAGCGAAAGGUUGAUGCUGGCUACGACGAAUUGCUUUCAAUUCAGAAAGAGGUGCAAGACAUUGUGAAACUAUUGUCGGCGUCGGAUAACGAUCCAGCGAAUAUGGAAACACGAGAUGAAAAUGUUGCAACUGACGAAACGAUGUCAUGCGAAAUGGAAACACAUGAGUGUGAUGAUGGACAAAGCUGCAGUGCUGAGUGCGACAAAUAUCGCAAAUUGAUUCCGUACAAUACAACCGAUCCGGCUGAAAUUAAGCGCCAGGAAACGGUUCUCAAUAUAUUGAUCGAGAAUGGCAUUUGCCAUGAGGAAAAUUUCAAAAUUUUCAUUUCCGAAUACGAACAUCGCAAGGACGAAGCAGACGCAAUUUUAAAUAAUUUAUUCGAGAUUUCGGUGUCAACCGAAGCAGAGAUGUGGAUACCACAGGAAGACGAAGCCACUGCGGACGAUCAAAUGCAGUGCACCAGUACAGAUGCCAGUGAAUGUAAUGCUGUAAGCAACGAGAAACGAGGGUACCAUCCGAUCUUUUAUAGCGACCAUCGACGAUCGACAGCAGUAAAGAAAGAUCUACUUAGCGUACCAUUGCCAAAGACCUAUAAAUGGAUUCCCCUGUCCGAUAAACAACUACAAAUCGAUGCUGGUCAAAAAGAAUUUGGGUCGAAGAACUGCAGUGAAUGUGGAAUGUUUUACACCAUGCACGAUCCGGAGGAUGAAAUUUUGCAUCAGAAAUUCCAUAACAACAUGAUGGGAGUGCUGAACUUUAAGGGUUGGACGGAUGAGAAUCUGGUGGAAAGUGUUGAUGAAUGGGGUCACAAGGGGCGAAUUAUUUGGACGAACAAAAUGGAUAGCAAGGCACAUGUGACAAGAAUAUCGGAAAUCUUAGAGAUCAUGAACAACGAUCUCGGUUUUGCGAAUGUCGAACUCAGAGACAGUUCAAUUGUCUACUUGGCAAUUUCACGUAAAUUGGUCGUUGGAGUAUGUGUCGCCGAGCCAUUGAAGAAAGCGCAUACCAUGUACACGAAAGACAAUGUGGAAUACAUUGAUUUGAAAAAUGUUGUGCCUGUCAGAUGUGGAAUAUCACGCAUAUGGGUGACGCCACAAUUCCGCCGAUGCGGUGUCGGUACUCGUCUCAUACACGCGAUUCGUUCACAUUUUGUGCGAGGAUAUACGAUGUCUUCGAAUGAGAUGGCUUUCAGUACACCGACUGUAAUGGGUAAACAGUUUGCGCAGACAAUCACACCAAAUGUUUUAGUUUAUGAUCAAGUGUAAGGAUUAGUGUCAUUGAUGGCAGUUGAAACGCCAUGUUCAUAGAAAUAAAAAAAUGUUUUGCAUUGAGUACAAAAUA